GCCUCUGCCUCCCGUUCCCCGACGGCGGCGGCGGUUCCCGGUCGGCUCCGUCGGAAGGGGAAUUGGGCGCCUCUGGCUCGACGUCUCUCUCUCUCCGCCCGGCGGCCAUGCAGCGUCCGGAGGAGCAGCAGCAGCCCUGGGGCGCCUUGGAGCCGUCGGGGCGUCGGGGAGCAGCGGAGCUCGGCGGGCGGAGGCGCCCCUGUCUCUCCGCCGACGGCAGCGUCUCGGCCAGGCGGCCGCCGAGCCGGGCGGCGACGGAGGGCCCUCGCUGCUCUCUCGACGGGGCUCCCGGGGACCUGGCGGAGGAGCUGCGCGAGUUCGACGCCGUGCUGGACGCCUUCUCGCCCGGCGCCCAGCAGCGCCGCUUCCCCGGCGAGGAGCCUCCGGAGUCCCUCUUCCGCCUCGACGCCCAGAGUGAGUCCAUGUUCUGCUGCUGCCAGGAGGGAGCUCUCCCCCUUUAUUUCAGCCCCCUCUUCAAGGGACCCUCGGCCGGUCGUGGGCUCAGGGAUCUCUCGGGGAUCCUGGGCUCAUCUCCUCCUCCCCGUCCUUUUGCUCGACGGACACGCGUCUGCCCCACAGAGAGCGCUUGCUUUCUCGAGCGCUUCAGGGGGGAGCUGAAGUCGACACGGUCGUGUGCAUGAAUGAUGGGGAUUCAAUUGCCCAGAGCAGAAAUGGCUCCGAGUGUCAGCUGAAGUUCCCGGUUCAAGUCCAGCUUUAUGGAGCACACACGGGGCUGCUUCACCUGUCAUGGGCAUUUGAAUGUUAGUGCGCUGAUUCUUGCUUGCUUGUUUAAAAUGUGCAGAUAGAUGUGCAGUCCUGUGAAAUUGAUUGCUGUUCUUCCUGCCUUGGCAACUAGGAGAUGCCCACUCCGAAUAGUCAUCUGUGUACUUAAUUUCGGGUUGGCACUUAGCCUCCCCCCCACCCAUGCAUUUGAGAACCUCAGGUGUGCUGCCGCUUAGUGCCAGUGUUCUUCUGAAAAAGGUGCUGGCUUUGCAUCUCUACUCUGAUAGGCUCCCAAAAUUGUUUCCUAUUUACAAAAAAAAACCUCUUUACGACAGAUGCGUUUUCUGACAGUUUGCUCAGUGCCAUUCAUAGCAGAGCCGGGACUUGACUGCUGCACUUGAGAAUUAACUGCUCAAAAACAACUGCUUGUUUACCCGGCUUGUUCUUGAGAGAGGAAUGCUUCUCAAAGCUAUUUUUACCUGUCUUGGGACACAGACACCCCCACCCAACAGAAACAAAAGCGCAGCUUUGUUUUGUGCCCGUGUUUUUCCUGCUGACGAUAUUUAUUGCGAUAUAUCUUGUGUCAUUAAAACUCUGGUGGUUGGGAGAUCUAGUCCUAAGUCCCUAGAAUUCACUGGAGUGGACUUGUAUAGAAAAGUGCUAAAAAUCUUCAUGAUUGGCCAUGGAAGCAGCCAGGGCGGGGCAAUAUCAACUUUCCAACAUCACAAUGUAUCGCCAGCUAAAGAAUGUGAUCAUAGUGAUUGUAGAAUUGUAGAGUUGCAAGGAACCCUGAGGAUCAUCCAUUCGGGGAUCGAACCAGCAACCUUGGCACUAUCAGCACCACGCUCAAACCAACUGAGAUCCAUUGUGAUGUUGAAAAGGAAGGAGCAUCAUUUGGCCCCGUCCCCACGUGGCGCUGAUGUGAAACCGCCUCGGCUCCCCCCACUGCCAGCACCCGGCUCAGGGAGGAAGGAGGCAGCUGGAGAAGGAAACUAAGGCUUGACAAUAUACCUCUGAGUGAAGGUGCCAUCAUGCUCCAGCCCUCAAACCAGUCCUGGGCAAUGGGUUGAUACAUAGUCCAGGCCUAAAAACAGCAUCUCCACUGUGUUGCAUGUCAGGUGCCUUGCAGUAUUGAAGUCCUCUAAUCCCGAAAAGAUAAGCAGGGUACUCCCACCCGUUCUUCAAUGGAACAGUAGAACAUCUGGAGGGAUCUCUAGAGAACGGGGUUGUUGUUGCAGCUGCUUCAAACCACAGCUGUAAGCUUGUUCCAUAAGUGCCAAUUCCUAGGGUCCCAGGUCCCUUCACACACACCCCAGUAAAAUAUUUGAGGGGGCUGGUCUUGUGGUAGGACCAGGUGACUGACAGAUGGUGACCCUACCUACCUGUCACAAGGGACUGUGGGGAACCUAAUGGUUUGGGGAAAUAGCCAUCCAGCCCACUGGCUAAAAAUCGUUUCCCAAAUCUGCAGUGUGGCAUAAUUUAGCACACACAGAAUGAGAAUUCAAACAUUCUCUUUCUUAAAAAAGAAAACACAAUGCAAAUGUGCAGCUGCUGUAUAAAGAUAUUUGGAACCACACAGGCAAUAUUUGGAAAAAAGACUUCUGUUGCCCUGCCAGCCAGCCUGUCCUCCUCUUCCAUUCAGACAACUUUUAACACCAUCCUUCUUGCUAAGAUGUCGUUUGACCACAAUCAUAUUCCAAAGCAACAGUGAAAAUCCAAAUUUAAUAAUGCCUGAAAUAUUGCCACGAUAAAGCAUAUGAAAUAGGGGCUAAAGCACCAUGUCCAGUCUGUUGAGUGGGUAGAACGAGGGAGAUCACCAAAGAUGGUUGUUGGGUUCUCAAGAAGAGGAUUUAGCUCUAGGGCAGGAAUGGGGAGCUUGUGGUCCUUCAGGCCCAACCAGGGAUCAUGGGAAUUGUAGUUCACCAACAUCUGGAAGGCUACAGGGUCUCCAUCGCUGUGUAUAUCCAUCUCCUCAGAGUAUUGUGGAAGAAGGAUGUCAAUCAACAUUUGAUGAUCUCCUUCUUCCGGUCCACAAUAGAAAGUGUCCUUUCAUACUGCAUCAUGGUGUAGUACGCUGGUUUGACAUCAACUGAUAGGAAGUGCCUACAGAGGGUGGUGAAUAUAGCACAAGAUAUUAUGGGCUGUCCCAUGAAUCCACUGGAUGAAAUAGCGGAAGAACGUUGCCUCAGGAGAGUGAGGAAAAUUCUCAGGGAUGAUUCACACCCUGGCCGGCACUUUCUUGAUCUCCUGCCCUCAGGCAGAAGAUAUAGAAGCAUGAUUAGUCGCACCAACAGGGUAAAGAACAGCUUUUAUCCGUUGGCUGUUAGGCUGCUGAAUUAAAAGAUAACAACCAGGCAACUGACUUUCGGGUUUGGCGGGUGUGAGUCAGUAAACGAGGGGAAUUAAGACUAAGAGAGUUGAGUGGGAGGUGCUCAUGUAACCUCACUGUGUACAAGUUGUACAAGUGACAAUAAAAUAUUUCAAUUAUAUAAAAAGACAAGUCAGGGUCUGGGUGUGUUUAAACCCUCGUCAAAUUGGGAGGAGGCAGACUUCUAGUUACAUGGACAUGCCUUGAUUUCUUUCUUGGUAUUCUUGAAUGGCAAUAUAAAGAAACGACAAUGACCUUUUGUAAAGAAAUCCAAAAGGCGUAGCAGGAUUAAUAGAGAGGGCCUUUAUUCUAGGGAAAUGCACAGAUGUCAUAACUUGACUGCUUCUCCUCCAUGGCCUUCUAUGACACACACUGCUAAAUUUACAGCCGCUCACAGUCCAGUACUGUUCAAACAUCGACUCUCCCUCUUUGAAUACAAGUUUAUUUCCCUUUUUGUCUCUGUAGCGAAACUGUGGUGCCAAAUUCAUUACCCCUCCGUUUCCUUGGUAACACUUAUGCGAAAUGUCAGUGUGGGAGAAGCCAGGCCACAAGGAGACAUGCUCUAAAAACACAAAUCUGCAGCAACCGCAGUAUUAAAAAAAGAAGGCGGCUGCUAGGUGGUAUUUUGUCUGUAAACAACUUUUAUUGGAUGGAACAGCAAGCCACCUUACACAUACUCUCUCCUCUGGCUUCCUGCAAAUUCAUAUCGGCUUCUUCUGAUCUCUGCUAGCUAGUAGCUUAACCACAAGCCAAGAAAAGCAUUCGACCAGCUCUUUCUACAGAUCCUCUCUCUCUCUCUGUUUUGGGACUAGGGCUGUGACUAUACUGUGUCUGUGUAACCAUCUGCAUUGCGCAGUGGAUCGAUAACUGAGAGUCUUGAUAGCUAACCUCCCCACUUUGCCUUUGACCGGCUCACUCUGUGUGUGAUUGUGAUGGGUUCCAGAGCAGGAGGUACUAGGUGCAGGUUCUAGGUGUAACUGCAGCACCAAUGUGAGGACGUCUGCUACCAGCACUGGGAUCCAACAGUGGUCUCUCCUUACACAGCAACCUUUAUUUCUUCAAUGUAGAAUUUGCAGAAGAGUCGAGUGUAAUGACUAGUUUUUAUAAAUGCUCUAGAUGGCCAUUUCCUUUUGUGACCUUCUUUGGAGCAAAGUAUAGAAGAUGAGUUCAUGCGAUUUAAACAGAUUUGCGAGCUAAGAUUUGUCUAAAUCCAAUUCUGAACGGACUAAAGACAAAAGCUAAGACUGUCCCUUGUCAUCACUGUUAUGUAUUCGCCUUGGUUUCAGAACCAUUAGCUACAAAAAUAAUCAGUUAAUUUUUACAUCAAAACUAAUUCCCAAAACUUAUUUAUCCAGUCACUACUCUGAGGCAAUAAUAGAGUUUUCCAUUUGUGGGCAACCAGUAUUGUCACUGCAACUAUCAUGUAGAAGGUUAAUUCUAUAUGUUCUGUACUGACUGACUGAGAUGUGCAAUUUCAGAACAAUAGUAGGGAAUCUAAUAUUUUAGACAUUAAUCUUAUAAUAAUGUUCCAGUACGUAUUUCUGUCUCAUUUCUAUUUCAAUAUAUUGUUUUCUAUACAAAGAUGAAAUGCUUAUUGUGCACAUUAGUAAGACGUUCUUGUGAAAUAUAAAUGGGAGAUCUAGGGGUAUUUAUUAAGUAAGUUAAAUUCAUACUACAUGUUUGUAGUAAUUCUUAGCUGCUCGUUUCUCUGGCUCUCUUCCUGGAUUGGAACCAAGGUGUAUUUGCUUGCAUCCGAACAAACUUCCCUCACUGCUGGAAGAAUAGCUGGGCAGCAGACCUACAGUAGAUAAGCAGUACCAUCAAAAGAAGGAAGUUGUGCACGAUUGUGCAGCAAAUCGGAACUGGCCAUCCCUGUGUGGUUCUCCUGAACCAGGGCGCUUAAUGCCUAAGAGCUCCUCCAUCUGGAAACGCCUAGUUUAUGCCAGCAAGGCUGGUGGGUGUCUGAAUCUCUGUGUGUAAAUAUGCAAAAAGCAGCAUGUUCACAUUGGAGAUGGAGGGAAAAGGUGAUGUUCCAGUAACACAUUAAUGAGCCAUAGAAAGACUUUCCACUCAUGCAGAAAAGUUGAUUCCCCUCCCUUCAAACCCCGCAGUCCUGGCUAUGGACUUUUGUCGGUGGCCCCAUGCACUCUUCAGGACACACAUGGGGCCUGAUAUUCUACACCAGGGGUAAAGGUAAAGGGACCCCGACCAUUAGGUCCAGUCGUGCCCGACUCUGGGGUUGCAGUGCUCAUCUCGCUUUAUUGGCUGAGGGAGCCGGCGUACAGCUUCCGGGACGUGUGGCCAGCAUGACUAAGCUGUUUCUGGCAAACCAGAGCAGUGCACGGAAACGCCGUUUACCUUCCCGCUGGAGUGAUACCUAUUUAUCUACUUGCACUUUGACGUGCUUUCGAACUGCUAGGUUGGCAGGAGCAGGGACCGAGCAACGGGAGCUCACCCCGUCGUGGGGAUUCGAACCACCGACCUUCUGAUCGGCAAGCCCUAGGCUCAGUGGUUUAACCCACAGCGCCACCCGCGGCCCACACCAGGGGUAGUCAACCUUUUUAUUUACCUACAUGCACUCUUCAGGACACACAUGGGGCCUGAUAUUCUACACCAGGGGUAGUCAACCUUUUUGUACCUACUGCCCAUUAAUGCAUCUUUUUUGAUGGUAAAAUUUCCUUACCACCCACCAGUGCUUGAUGGAAGGAGGAUUCACCUUGUGCCGUAGAAACCCCUACCGCCCACCUAGAAUCCUGAAAUGCCGACUAGUGGUCAGUAGGGACCAGGUUGACAACCCCUGUUCUACAUGGACAGUUAGUUGCAGAUGUAAAGAGAGUUUGGGUGGCAUCUGCACUUGGCCAGGGGUGGGGAACAUCUGGCCAGAUUUUGCUGGAACUCCAUCUCAGAUCAGCCCCAGCCAGCAUGGCUGAGGGUUAGGGUGGAUUGAAGUUGGAGCCCAACCACCUCUGGAGGGCCACAGGUUUGGCCAGCCCAAUAAUUACCUAUUCAUGGCACAGAUUUCAGUGGGGCGUUGUCAGAACUGGAGCAUAACCUUGUGAAGGCAUGGAUUUUGUGGCUUGUAUCCUCCUGGAAACUUUGAUAUUGUGCUGGAUUGUAAAAUGCUCUGAGGAUUUAGCUAGUUCUGCUGACUCUUCUGUCUCAGGUUUGGAUGACUACCACUUGAUUGGAUGUUAGACAUAAUUUAUUCUUGGCUCAACAGCCAAGUUUGGUCUCUCCAUGCUUUCAUGCUGAAUUCAGUCAGUGGAACUCCACCAAAGAUGGAUUGUGCUUUUGUGGCACAAAGCUAUAGGACUAAAUCCAACUCAACAUAGCUUAGAACUGCAUCUGCAGACUUCCAUCUCUGAAUAAUAGAAGGGCAAGUCAACCUUGCCCACCUAUUGAUGAUGACAAGGUCUUGGUAUUUUGCUGCAACAAAUCUGCAGAGCAUGUCCCUGGCAAAAGCACUGGGGUCUUCUAUUCCAAGUUAGACCAUUUUGAAUGAGUUUUGUUUUGGUUUGCAUAGAGAGUUGCUGGUUGUGAUGCAUACAAAAAUCCCCCAUAGGCAUAGCAUGGGGAGUCCCACGGGGGCCGUGGCCCCAAUGCACACCUGUUGAGUAGUUUGUUUAAACGUUAGGGUUCAUUAUUGUUUCACAGGAUGUGUACCAUUUUAAAAGCCAGGGUGCAUAUCCUGACCUAGUUUUUACAUCUGUGUAGCGGGUGGCGCUGUGGGUUAAACCACAGAGCCUAGGGCUUGCCGAUCAGAAGGUCGGUGGUUUGAAUCCCCGCGACAGGGUGAGCUCCCAUUGCUCUGUCCCAGCUUCUGCCAACCUAGCAGUUUGAAAGCACAUCAAAGUGCAAGUAGAUAAAUAGGUCUUCUGGCGGGAAGGUAAACGGCGUUUCCGUGCUCUCUGACUUCCAUCACAGUGUCCUCUUGCACCAGAAGCGGUUCAGUCAUGCUGGCCACAUGACCCGGAAAGCUUGUGGACAAAGACCAGUUCCCUCGGCCUGAAAGCGAGAUGAGUGUCACAACCCCAUGGUCACCUUUGACUGGACUUAACCAGGGGUCCUUUACCUUUUACCUCUCUCCUGGGCAUCAAAGGAUUUCUGUUUGAAUCCAAGACUAUGGGAGGAAAUAAACCAUAUAUCAUUAAGACUCCACAGUGCCUCAUUCCCAAAGGAAAUACAAUCCCAUGGAAUCUUGCACUGCUCGGAAGUUGGACUGGCGUGGAAGAAUACGUUUAAGUCAAAGAUGCAGGGUGACUUUCUGCUAUAACACUAAGGAUUAUGGGUUGUCUUCUAGGACUCUGGUUUUACACCCAUUAGUGAGGCAUGAUCUGACCUAAAGUGGGUUUCAGCAGCACUGCUAUCACUGUGUAGAUUAUAUGGUAUAAAGUUAAAAAUCGGGUCCCACAGUGCAUGUCUGGACUAAAGGUGGGUCCCCAGUCAGAAAAAAUAGUUGAGUACAGCUGUUCCAGAAUAAAUGUGUUGUUUAAAAAUAAUUGCAUGGUGAUUUCUUCCCUUUUUGCUCUAAAAGGAAACUCUGAGUGUUCUUCCACUGCCCUUUCGACUAGUGUAAUAACUAACUGUUGCUUAAGAGGCAGGCCGUCCUGCAUGUAAGUAGAUCUCUUGAGGUUUCGCUGAAGUCUGGAAUAGAAAUAACUGGAGCUAACCAUGAAUUAUUUUGCCUGCCAAGGUAAGCAUCCAUCUUUCUGUACUCCAAACCCUUCAUUAAGUAAGUUUUGCUUCAGCCAAAGCAGGCUGAAUCUGCUUAGGAACUUGAAUUCACAUUCAAAGAACUGGGCUUGACGAUACUUUCCUUAGAAUUUUUCAUAGUCUGAUCCACCAAAGUUAGUGUGACUGGCAUCAGGAGUCAGAAGCAGGUGAAGGACAUGGUUGGGACACUUGGUGCCCACAUUCUAUCUGGGGUGAUGCUAAAUAUUAAACGAUACAUUCCCAGGAAUCGAAUCCCCAUGUUAGGAAUCGAAUCCCCAUGCUAGGAUCCAAGAGGGUUGAAGAGAGAGACAGUACAGCCCAAAAGCUUACUGUUCGGUAUGACAUGGUACUUGGAACAUCAGAGGGCAGGUGUGUAGAGCCGUGCUCCCUUCAGCUGAUGACAGUUACAACUUCAUCUUCAAGGGCAACCCCACAUGAAGUGCAUUGCAGUAGUCAUUUUUUUAAAAAAAAACAUUUCUGCUUUAGGUAGUUGAAAAUUUCUAAUUAGGAAAUAAUUUUGUAGCCUCAAUCAAAGCAUCGCGUAGUGCCAAUUUUGCAGUAGUUCAUACCAAUAAGUCGGAUGUGGGUCCCAGUAGACAUCAGAGAUUUCCCUUAUGCUCACGGCUCUUUGCCUUCUCCCUGGAGACUCUGGAAAUAGCCAUGCAUAAUGAUAGAAAUGGAAGGGGUUACAGGAGGGAGGGAGAAUAGUAUAUCCUGAACCUCUAUGCAGAUGAUAUGAUACGCAUGACUCAAAUGAUGCAGGAUACCUCACGAGCAUUGUCAAAAAACCUGGCAAAUUUGAAAUACCUGGCUUUUUGGAUACAUCUUAAAUAACAUAUUUCAGUAUACCCCCAAUGAUUAAAUGCGGCUAAAAGAAUGGAUAAAUAUUCCACAAUGCCAUAAGGAUUUCCAAUACCUUGGAAUCUGGAUACCCUGAAACUUGAACAAAUUACAUGCUUUAAUUUGUUCUUUUAGUGAGGUUUUUUUUUAAAGGGCAUGAGUAGAUGGAAUAAAUUACAAUUAACAGCUUUAGGAAGCGUUGUGGCGGCACAUAUUAUGAUACUUCAGAACUUACCCUUUUUGUUUCAAGUUCUCCCCACCCCUCUCCAAACAGGUAAUAGUGCCACUGUAUUCUGCUCUGGUCAGAGCUCACCUGGAGUACUGUGUCCAGUUCUGGGCACCACAGUUCAAGAAGGACACUGACAAACUGGAACGUGUCCAGAGGAGGGCAACCAAAAUGGUCAAAGGCCUGGAAACGAUGCCUUAUGAGGAACGGCUAAGGGAGCUGGGCAUGUUUAGCCUGGAGAAGAGGAGGUUAAGGGGUGAUAUGAUAGCCAUGUUCAAAUAUAUAAAAGGAUGUCACAUAGAGGAGGGAGAAAGGUUGUUUUCUGCUGCUCCAGAGAAGCGGACACGGCGCAAUGGAUCCAAACUACAAGAAAGAAGAUUCCACCUAAACAUUAGGAAGAACUUCCUGACAGUAAGAGCUGUUUGACAGUGGAAUUUGCUGCCAAGGAGUGUGGUGGAGUCUCCUUCUUUGGAGGUCUUUAAGCAGAGGCUUGACAACCAUAUGUCAGGAGUGCUCUGAUGGUGUUUCCUGCUUGGCAGGGGGUUGGACUCGAUGGCCCUUGUGGUCUCUUCCAUCUCUGUGAUUCUAGGUAAAGGUAAAGGGAUCCAUGACCAUUAGGUCCAGUCGUGACCAACUCUGGGGUUGCGGCGCUCAUCUCGCUUUACUGGCCGAGGGAGCUUCCGGGUCAUGUGGCCAGCAUGACUAAGCCGCUUCUGGUGAACCAGAGCAGUGCACGGAAAUGCCGUUUACCUUCCUGCCAGAGCGGUACCUAUUUAUCUACUUGCACUUUGAUGUGCUUUUGAACUGCUAGGUUGGCAGGUAGUUUGAAACAAUGGCCCAAAAUUAUACCUGUUUUUGCAUUUCAGAAAAAGUAACCUGAAAAUCGGAAUUUUGAGGUCUUAGAUAUAUGGAAAUGUUCAUAAGCGUACCAACCAAGCACGUACAUAGAUCAGCACAGGAGGACCGACCUGGAACCAUUUUGAGUCCUAAACUGAGCAAAUGUUUUCUCUGCAAGGUCAAAGUGGGAAACCUCCCCAUUGUCUCUUUCCUCACAAAUCCUGUCUUAAGGGCACAUUUAAGAUAUGAAUAGGGUGUGAGCCUGUGACCUGGCCCAGGAACUAAGUAUUUAUCAUUACAAAAGACUGGUCAGGCUCCCCAGGCAAUCCAAUCAAGUAACCUGCCAGACAGGAGAUAAACAACAACAGGAGAAAACAAUAUUGAAAUUUCUGUUUUAGACUGCCUUUUCUGUGAUGUAGGUAUGAUGUAUCUGAGGGGUGGUCUUAGGUUACACCCCUUCUGUGAUGUAUGUAUGAUGUUUCUGGGGGUGGUCUUGAUCUACAAGGUGACAAUUUUAAAAGUCUUUAUAAGGCCUUGCGCACCAUUUUUCUGGGUUCCUCCUCUCCUGCGGGCGAGGGGAGCACCCUGUUGCAACAGAUCAAUGAAGAUCAAGCUUACUAGCUGCUUUGCUUCUCAAUAUUCUCUGGUUGGCCUCUGUUAUCUUCUCCUUCCAAUAGGGAACCUAUGUAAGGACUCUAUAUGGGUUCUUGGAUACCCCAUAAGGAAAAAGGGCAAUUUUUGUUUACAACACUAUCGAAUGGCCUGAAGGCAGAAGUUUGUUUUCAGCACAUCCAAGCUACAUCAGAUCUAAUCAGUCGGGGCAGCGCAUGCUUUCAUGUGUCUGGCGAAAAGCACACAAAUCCACACUGUUACGGUAAAAUCUGGGUGCGGGGCUACUCUGCCACCCAGCUCGUCGGACUAAGUCCGCAGGUCCCUGCGGAAGAAAAAUGAGCUCAGCCGGAGACAGGAGCAAACUGCAGAAGAUCCAAGUUUAUUGCGCAACAAGUUCAAGGCGAGAUUGAACAGCGAGAAAGGGGUGACAUGAAUUUUUGAAACUUCCCUCCAUGUCCCAGAAUACAGUGCAAAAUACAUCCCAGUUACAUCAUGAAUACAUUAAGAAGAGGUUGGGUUACACAGAUUACAUCACGAAUACAUUAGGAAGAGGUUGGGUUACACCGGAUUAACAUAUGGAGGAGGGAGGGGGGAAUAUGCAGAGCUGGAGAUAUGCGCAGAUAAGCACAUCCUGAGAAGACAAUGGUCCAUGUAUGCAUCGUCUGCCACCUGGCAUUGCCCGGAGGAAAGGCUUGGCAGAGCGAUUUGACAGGAUUAGGGUCUUGACACCUUGCUUGAGGGAUUAUGGAGGACAGGGGAGGUGUCAUGGAGUCCUAGAGAAAUUGAGCAAAUUGGCACGUUGAUUUUCUAUGAAUUUUAUAGAUUUUAGUCCCUUUUGACAUUGACAAUUGGAAAUAAAUGGAUAUAUUGUAGCGAAGAAGGUGAAGAAGACAUGCCCCCCCCCCUUCCGUAUCAACACGGAUCAAUUAGAUUCCUAUUUUGAUAGACACUCGGAUGGAGGGGAGCUUUUCAGCCCCUUAAAAUCCUCAGCCUGUUUCUAGACCUGUACUUCUGUGGGCAUGGAGCCCGUAAUAGCCAUUUACAUAGGGGCCUGGAGAGGUUUGGGGGAAGUCUCAGCCUAGUUAGUGAACAGGGGCUUUAUGCCAACCUCUCCAGACUCCACGAAGGACGAACAGAAGUGUAAAUAAACCCACAUACUGUAGCUAGUUGUGUUGGGUUCAGUGGGAAGCCUGCUGCAUGCAAGGGUACAUUAAAUAUUUUCACCCACUUGCCCACCUAGCCUAUUUCAUUCCAUUAGAAGAAGCAAGCUAGCCGACAGCAGAAGAAAGCUUUUAUGAGCUUCUGCGCAUGAACCACAGCCAAAGAGGCAGAGAGCAGCUGGUAGAGACAGAAGGAGCAUUAAGACUGAAGCACAAAAGUCAAACAGCAUUAAAUCUUGAGAACGCCUUCGAAGCCACGCUGCCAUUGUCAGCUGCUGCCAUUGUCCUGAAAUGUCUUGUGAUUUACCGUGGUUGUUUCAAACCUUGCAGUUAGUUCUGGCAUUCAGAUAAGCCGAUGGAACAAUCCCCGUGCUAAUUUUGCCUUUUCAAGCAUUCCAAAUAGCUGCUCAGGUAGAAAUCCCAUCUAGCUGCAGAUCAGAAUCUCUUCCGGGAGGGGGGGGACAUUGUGGGUGCGUAGAGGAAGCUUAUCAUCUCACAAUAAGUGCAUGGCUUCUCGUCGCUUGAGAAUUCAAACAUUGUUCCUCCAGGUAAUUUCAUUGUUGCAUUUCAUAGAAUCAGAGAACUGCAAGGGAACACCCCCCCCCCCGGACCUUCUAGGUCCAAGAUUCUGCAACGCAAGAACCACAGCUAAAUAAUCCCUGACAGAUGGACUCUUCUGUUCAAAAACCUCCAGUGAAGAAGAUUGCAUAACCUUCCAGCUGGCUCGGGUGACAGUUGCUGUCAGAUGAGAAAGGAGAGGAGGAUGUGGGGGCAACCUGAGAGGGUGGGGGCUUCCUUUGCCCCUUUGCCUUUAGACGCAGGCCUACUGGCUCACUCUCCUCAGAGCAGCCAUCCACAGAGCAGCCAUAUUUCCUAGCAAGCUGGGAAGGGAGGCUGCACAGCUGGAGGAGCAAUGAGAACCAGAGGAGUUGACCCCCCUCCCCUUGUCACCAAUAACUUGUCACUGCUUCUGCCAUGGGCAACAGGCCCACACCUUCAAACGCACCCGUCUCAUAGGGAGUUUUGCGAGUGAACACACCAUCUUACCUUUAAGGCCAGGGCCUUUUCAGUGAUGGCUCCGACCUGGUGGAAUGCUCUGUCCCAUGAGAUCAGGGCCCUUCAGGAUUUAACCUCCUUCCAUCGGGCCUGUAUUCCCUAUUCCAGCUGUUCUGCCUGGCCUUUAAUUUGAAUUCAGCCUGAUCUUUUAUUUCCCUUCUCUUCCCUCCCCCUCCCCUUUUAUGAAGAUUACCUGCUCUGAGACCCCACAGCUAAUUCUCCCCUGGCCUCCUCGCUGGCCCAAGUAGGACUAAUUCAGCCAGCUAGCCCUGGUGAUUAUCUAAUAUUUAUUAGAUGGAUUUCCCCUAAAUUGAUUUUUGAACAUUGAAUUUUAUUGUUGUUCAUGUUUUUAUACUGUAUUUUAUGCUGCUUUUACAAUUAAGUGUUUAAAAUUUGUUGUUAGCCGCCCUGAACCCGGUUUUUGAACCAGAAAGGGCGGGGUAUAAGUAAAAAUUAUUAUUAUUAUUAUUAUUAUUAUUAUUAUUAUUAUUAAAAGCGGGAGGGAGGGAUGUACCCAUUAUUAAGACACCUUUGUGACUUUUAUCUGGUCUUGGAACCCUGAGGCCGUUCUUGUCGUCUAUAGCUGUGCCUCAGACUAUCUGUCUCUGACUUGGUUGAUUGCAGGCUGUGAAUAAAGCUCGCCUCUGUUGAAGAUUUGGGACAGGAGCCAGGAAAGGCACGCAGAGAGUUAACUGUGAAACCCUUCAGGAAUCUGUUGCUUCUUUUUUCUCAUUUAUUUGGGGUGGUGGUGAAGGGAUUUUAAUCAGCUCUCAUUGAUUAAAUCUACGGGGUAAUCAAAUUUUGCAGCACUAGCAGAAUGGCAUGGGUAUAGUCAUUCGUUCUCUCUCUGGUGGUGGGAGGGGGUUGAGGAAGGGGGCUCCUGCUGCUACAGAUUUUCCUGCCCUAAAUGCCUGAUAUGUUUUUGUUGCAGGUGCAGAUUCACUCUGCAGAAAUAGUUUCGGUUUCAGUGACGGAAAGCUAAAUUCCCCAGCGCUGUCUCCUGCAGCUGUGUCUACUCCAACAAUAGCUUCUCGCAAAGGUAAUGCAAUUCUGAAUAGCACAGGUGUGUUUAUAAGGUCAUGUUUAUGCUGGGCAUCCAUGUAUCUUAUUCUAUGUUGUAGAGAUAAUCCACCAUCACCCCCCAAACCCCUGGAUUGACUUGAUUAAGCUCCCACUGUGAGGAGGAAGAAAAGAUCACCAUGAGCUCAGAGACCGGACAUCAGAGUGUGCAGGCUAGAGAGGGAUUUCUCCUUAGGAACCACCCUCUUUGGCCUCUAAACUCCCACAUGUGGCUCCAGGCCCUUUUUUCCGUGGGAUGGUGGCCAUUGGAUGCCUGCUCCUGCCCUACAAAGACAGUGUUUGCCUGUGCUUCAGGAUCGCAUUACGGACCUCAUUUCUGCUAGUGCUCAAUUUGUUUCCAUGCCAAGGCAGAACCUUUAGGAUCUAUAAAGUAAUGGACAAUAAAACUUGUUUCUCAGGAGCGCAGGUGCAUUUUCCUUGCCACUAAGGAACUCUACAAGACACUCCUUGCAGCCAAUUUUAGGAAGAAGGGCUUCUGGAUCAGAGAGAGCCAUUUUCCUAUCAUGCAAGGGCCAGACAUCUUUUCACAGAAAUUGGGAGAAAUUUGAUUCAGUUAACACUUAAAGGUGGACCUAACAUGAUUUGCACUUUGCAAAACAGCGCAAGAACUGAAACACAGCCAUCCUUUGAAAUUGGUGUCUCUCUGAAUUCCCAGUGCUGUUCUCUAGCCAAAUAUUGUGCACAAAGAUGCAUUGACUGCAGUAAAGUGUGCACAGAAAUGCAUAUAUAGCAUCAGUGAAAAUAACGUUAAAAAAUUUCAUUAUAUUUUGAAAAAUUACUUUGCAAAAAUGUUGAUACUGCAUAGACUUGCGCAUAUUAGGACAAAUUAGUGGGUGGGAUGUUUUAAUGUUAUGUUCUUUUCUGGGUUUUGAUGGAUGGAUGUAGUUGUUUCCUUUCUGUAAGUUACUUUGGGUUGCCUGUGAAUAAUUUCUCAAGUGGCAUUAGAACUCUGGAAAACUCAUGAAUUUGUGUCUUUAAAUGUUCAUUGUUAUUUAUUUAGACAUGCACCAUAAAGCACCAUAUCAAUCUUGGGCUUGUUUUUCCAGGAAAGCUUGGAGACACUAAAGAAUUAGAAGAUUUUAUCGCUGAUCUUGAUCGGACCUUGGCAAGUAAGUCAGGCUAAUGGGCAACCAGACUCAAAUUCAUUUAUUGCAGAUGGCUGGGAAAGGAUGGCUGCAGCCUCACCUCUCAGAUCCUGGGCAUGAAUACCAGGUGAAAACUGGAACCUACUUUAGACAGCUGAGGCAAACCACAAAAUGGCAUCUGUCUGCCAGGGAAGAAGGGGCGAGCGAAGAUCUACAUCGCAAACAAGGGGGAAAUCCAACCAACCUUACCCAACAGUUGAAGUGGGAAUCAGAGGUCGUUGCAGGGGAAAUCUGAAUCACUCCGGGUGUGUGCAGAGCCCAGGAGACCCCAGAGGGCAGCCCUUGCCAUUUCCUUCCUAGGUAUGGGAGGAGACCCCCCAGUACCUGCUAUUCAUUGAGAGGCCACUAUAGAGGCGGCCUUGGGGGGGGGGAGGGACGCUGAGCAGGAGGCAGGUCUAACCCCCCCCCCAAAGUGGCGCCACAGCCAUUGCUGCCACCAUGGCAGCAGCGAGGAAUGCAUCCCACCGGAUCUGCUCCUAUGGAUUCUGCCACCUGAGGCCGAUCGCCUCACCUGGUCUCAGGGGUGGGCCUGCCCUCGUCUACUUGUCUCCAUUGCAUCCUCAGCUUGGCCAUAAGGGCUGGAGUGAUUACUCCUUGUUGGUAUAACUUGUGAACCUUCCCAGCAGCGGUGUGUGACCUUAGCGAGGUUAUCUUGCUGUCGUAGAGGUUUAAGGAAACUGACCCCAAAAAUACGGUUGAGUCCAUGACAGCAGGCCAUUUUAAUACCUGACCUGCCUUAUGUUCUUAUAGGUAUGUGAAACAACUGUUUUUGCCUGAAACUGGCCUGCAAAAGGAUGAGGUUGAGUCUGGGCUGAUCCUGUUCUGUACGACAGAGACACAGACGGAGACCCUCAUCUCCCAAGCGUGCAACCUGCCAUCUGCUCUUCCACUUUUAACCGUGACGACUCUUGUAACUUUCUCUUCAAAUAACAAAUUUGCUGAUGCCGUACUUUUUCAUAAGAUAUAGCUUAACAUUAAUUUAAAAGAGCUGACGAAAAGGUUUGUAAUUUUAUAUAGCUAAUGUAAAUGCUUUCUUUUUUGGUUAAAUAUAUUUUUGUAUGCAAAUAAAAUACGAACUGGAUUUUUUGUUUUUGUUUUGAAAAAGGGGGCUGUCUGCUAUUUGACACUUUCAUCCCAUUCUUUCAGAAGCUUACAGCGGUUAACUUGGGAAGCCACCAUCCUUCUGACACAGAUCAGUGUGGUUCUAGUUCACCCUGUGCCCAUUGGCUUGCAAGGAUUCCAUCUUGCAUUAGAUAGCACGCUGGCCGGCUGGCUGGCACAAUUCUGCCUCUCUUUCUCAGUGCCCAUUUACAGUGACGAGAGGCGUACUCAUCUGAUAUGACAGACAUGGAUGGGAGCGACAGAGCUGUAGCAACCGAGCUUCUAUUGAGCAUCAAAACAAUGGGAACGCUCGGCUGGCGUACGUACGGUAGUCUGUGAAGCCAGAUCUCUUGCAUUCGGUCUGGUUUCAUAAGGAAUACCUCCCCCUCCCGGCAUGUUUCCUGACCCCAUUUUAAUUAAUGUAGACAUUCAUUUCAGUAAAAGCAACAUUGCGUGUUGCACAGUCUUUCAAUAUUUGGUUACUCGUGAUGAACUUUGAGGGCAAGAAUGCUGAGCCUAACUAUAUUCCUGAUAUAUUCAUUUUUGUUGGGAAGAGAGGAAUUCAGUCGUCCUGUUCUGAAGGAGGGUUGUACCACAGGGCUAUUUUGAAUGUGAAGAUUAUUUGAGGGUUGCACUGAGGGGACUCGUAUCAUACUCUCCUCCUGCGUUUGUACUGUUUUAGAAGCCACCUUUAAAUAAAUCACUCGGACAGCAGUAAAGGUUAGUUGACUCUCCCCCCAAAACCUUUUAUCAAAUCUUGCAGCUGCUUUCCCUGAACUGAAUUCCUCCCUUCUCCAAGUGCAAAUUUCUUUAUGGCUGUAGUACAUUAACUUCCAGAGAGGCACUGAAGCAUAUUUUCAAAAAGAACACUCGUAGGAAAUUGUUCACAUCGGGGUGAGUUGCAUUCUGUUAUGAGUAAGAAUAGAAAAUAAAGACCUACACACUGUGUUCUCUAGAUACAAAGAGACCCUUAUUUAUUCUUUUAAAUGUCAGAAUGGGGAAAACGGGUUAUUAUUGUUCACACGUUUUUGGAUGCAGCAGAUGGGCUAUUUAAAGAAACAUUUGCUUGCUUGCCAAUGUGGCUGAGCUGGGAAGAGGUCCGAAAACUGACUGACAUUGUGAGUGUAAUGCAAAGUCUAGAAAACAAGGAAUGAGUCCAAACGCCAAAUUAUGAAGAAAUCUUAAAAAAUAAGAGUGCUUUGUACAGCCCUUCAGGGUCUUAGGGCACAGAAGUAGAAAUGCUAUCAUUGUCCUUAAGAAAUCAACCUUCCUCUCAGGUUUUCUAUUUGUCAUUGAGUUGCACAUAGGAAAAAGGUUGUAAGAAAUUUGUAGGAAGUGUAUUUUGCAUUUUACAUCCAAUUCUUAAAAAGCCUGGUUCACACACUGCUUUGUUGUUUCUGCAGCUCAUUCUCUUGUGUAUCACAACACAUACAGUCUCACAUGGGGAGGUGACUGUUUCAGCAAACAACCACCUUGCAUUGUUAUUUUCCCGGGAAACAAUGUUAAUUAAUGGUUUGAAAUCUUAAAACAUUUUCUAGCUGAAGAUAUUCUGCUGACCCGCUUCAUUUUCUGAUGUAUUACCUGCCUUGCCUCUCUCUCUUAAUCCAGAAUUUUGAAUUGAGACGUUUACGUUUUGAAAUACAUUGUGAACCGCCUUGAGGAUUUGUUGGGGAGGAAUGAAAUCCACAAUAUUAUUCCUCUCUUCCCCCUGGUUUGAAUUUAGCAGAUUUAACAAACUGGUAGUAACAUGUGGUCCAGAGCCAAGUGACGCAUGAAUUGUGAGGCAUCUUAAUACAUAACCAUUAUUCACUCUUGCAACUUACUAAACUAAAACGGAAUUUCAGAGCAUGCCAUACGUGGAUGGUGGUGCUUUCACGCCAGUCUGCUUACGAAUGCAAUAAAAUAUUACCGUUUGUGUCUCUUG